UUGAUAAAUUAGCAAAGAAACAUCCACUUUAUGCUUUUAUCCUUCAUCGCUCUUUUUGUUUCAGAGUUGGUUCUGUUGUCGCUAAUUCUUCUCCGGCGCCGAUUCUCCCCAAACCGCCGAUUGCUAUCUGCUCACAGAUUCCCUUCGCUGCAACUCGUCUUCAGCUCUCUUCGUCUUCGCCCAUUUCUUCUAACCUUUCUUUGACGUUCAUCGCUGCCCAGGUAUGGAACGUUGCAGUGAAUCAAAACGAAAUAGGGUUAGUUGGAAAAACGUGAAUGUCGCAAAAACGUUUCUUGAUGCAUGUAUUAACGAAAUUGCCAUCAAUGGGAGAGAAGGUGGUAGUUUAAAACGAAUGUCAUGGAAGAAAAUUGGGCAAACACUUGGAGAUAACCAUAACUUUUCAGUCGAUCGAAAACAAUUGAAAAACCAUUUUGAUUACCUCAAGAACAAAUAUGGAGCAUGGUUAGAUCUUAAAAACAAAUGUGGCAACAUUUAUGACGCAUCCACUAACACCUUUAAUUUGACAGAUGAAGAAUGGGAAAAUGAAAUAAAGAAAAAUAAAUAUGUAGAAACAUUAAGGAACACAUCUCUACUAUUUCCGGAUCUUUGUGCACAACUUUUUGAUGGAGUAAUGACAAAUGGGAUUAAAAGUUUGGAACCGAUUUCUGCUGAACCUAUAACAGCAAUUGUGGUUAAAGAUGAUGAAGAGAUUGAAAUCCCAAAAGAUACAACGGAUUCAUUAUCAUCUUCAUCAUCUGAUCCUCCUCCACCUCCUCCUGUUAAAAAGAAACAAAAAAUGAGUAAAAAAUCGAUUGAUGAAGAAAUAUUGGGUGUGUUGAAGAUAAUAGCAGAUAAGAUGAGCAAAUCGGAAACACCUCCAAAACCUACAUUUGAAGAAUGUGAAAAGAAGUUGAAAAAGCUUGGGUGGAGUGAAGAUGAUCCUUUACAUGUUGUUGCAUGUGCCAUUUUUUGUGAAGAAAAUGAUAAUUAUAAGGAAUGUUGGAUGAAAUUAAACCCCAAGAUGUGUGCUAAUUGGGUUAAAAUGAUUGGACGUAGUAAAGGGUUUAUAUAGUUUGGAGAGUUGUGGUGUUUUUCUUUUAGGAAAUUACUAAUUGUUGGGAAAGUAUUGAUAUGUAGAUGAGAUGAGAUGAGAUGAGAACUAUUUUAUGGUUUGGAUUAAAUUGCAAGAAUGGUCCCUAUGUUAUAGUGAAAGUUGUAGGUUUAGUCCAAACUUCUUUUUGUUGCAUUCUUGGUGUUAAGUGUCGAUUUCGUUUUUGUUUUUGAGAUCCAUUGAAUGAAGUUGUAAAGAUUUGAAAUCAUGAAAGUUAUUAAGUCGAAUA